AUGGCCAAGAAGCGCAAGGUCAGGACGGCAGGCUCAGCAGAGGAAUCUGUCGUCCCGCCAGCAACGCUGAGAAGAUCACGUCGCAUCUCACAGGCUCAAACUAAGGAAGCAGAGCAGGAACAGCUUGACCUUGCCGAAGUGGGCCAGGUGGGUCAACUAGAAGGCCCAGAUGAGGAUCACGACGAGGACGAAGGCGGCGCACAAGGGCGCCGAAGAAAAGUGCACGAGAAGAGCGUCAAAGCAGAGGCAACUCCAGCACCACUACCAUCACCAGGCGAGGUCGAGGUGCCAGAAGCCUCUGCCUUCCCCACCCUCGCCUUGAAACUGCAUGGCCUCCCCUCAGACCGCAUCAGCUUCUACGGGCUAGUCCAAGAGAUCAUCACCCCCGACGUCUUCGGCAUGCUCAUCGUCACCAUUCUCCUCAAUCAGACGACCGGGCGGGCGGCCAUUCCGGUCUUCUACGAUCUGCUGGAGCGUUGGCCAACACCAAGCUCGCUCCGUGAUGCGGAUCUCGGAAUGCUCACCGACAUGCUUCAGCCUAUUGGCUUGCACAACAUCAGGGCAAAGAGGCUCAAGGACCUUGGUACGAUGUGGUGCGAACAGCCGCCACAGCUAGGCGUGUUGCAUAAGUCGAGGGUGGUGCUGCCGUCUACAGGGCGAAAGAGACGCAAGAAGAAGCUGGACGACGACGAGGAAGAGCCACAAAAGCCUACCUAUCCGCCCACCGAAAUCUCCCACUUGCCUGGCGCUGGGCGCUAUGCUCUCGACUCGUAUCGUCUCUUCCGUCCCUCCCUCGUCGAUACCACUCGAGCCACUGUACAAAUCGGCCUGGGGCCAAAGCCAGAGUCGGACCGAUGGCAGCUGAUCCUCGCGAAGCGUGAGGCAGCGGGCGAAAGUCGUAGCGUAGGGAGCCUCUUGCCCGCGAGCGACGACGACGGCUCGAAGCUGGUCGGUCACGACCUCGAAGAGGACUGGAAGACGGUCGAUGCUCUUGACAAGGAGCUCAAAGCGUAUCGCCUUUGGCGCGCUCACCGCCAAGCACAGAUCGAUCGGACAACACUCCAAAGCUAA